UUCAUUAAAUAUUUGCCAAAAGUUGGUGGUUGCAUCACAGAUUUUGGAAACAAUGGCAUUCAGAAAUUUGUGGAAUUCGUUGAUUUCUAUGCCUUCUGUAAGGGCAGAAGAAGAAGAGGAAGCUGAUUUGGUCGAUCCCCAGACAACACUACGGGAACAAUGCCAAACCAAGGGAAAUAUUGAGGCUCUUUACAAUAAGUACCAAGCUUGUAAUGAUCGCGUGAACAGCAGAACCAAAACAACUGAAAACUGCAUGGAAGAACUUUUUGAUUACGUACAAGAGCUUGAUCAUUGCGUAGCCCACAGCCUCUUCUCCAAGCUCAAGUGA